AUGGCUUUCCAUAGAGUGGGAAACUACACAUUCCAGUGGACAGACCUUCACUUACCUCGAGAGAAGACGGACCCCCUGCGCCACGAGUACGACACACUGGGGCACAAUGCGGUCAAGAGGCUGCAGCAAAUUGCGCGGCAAAGAAAGGGAGAGGCAUCCGUCAAGCCCACCCUCUGUCCCGGCGGCUUCGACAUGUAUGCCGUUCUCCGCGAUUACCAUGACCAAGACGACGUCUUGAACCGGCUGUGGAACGAGGUUCAUACAGUUCCUGACUGGGUGGACUGGGCGCAGAUUGAACGUGGGCAAAAGUUCUUUUACCGCUACGCUCCCGCCAACCUGAUGGGUUUCAUGCUGCAGGCAUUCGUGGGCGAGAACUCUUCGGUACCUGGCGUCGUCGAAGUCUUGGUGCGAACAGGCGGGUUCUCGACGAAGGUACUGCUGCGUCGACUACUCGAGACCUUCCAGCAUCUUCUUCAGGUGACGGCCAACUUAGAGUCAAUUCAACCGGGGGGCCAAGGCCACACAACGACGGUUCGAGUGCGGCUGCUCCAUGCUGCUGUGAGAGAGCGAAUCCUGCGUCUGGUCAAGAGUCGACCUGACUACUUUGACGUGGCCAAGUUCGGAGUGCCUGUCAAUGUUCUGGACUCGAUCCAUUCCAUUUGUGUGUACUCUUGUGGCCACAUGUGGCUCCAACUUCCGCAGAUGGGGGUGUUUCCCACUGAGCAGGAAAAGACCGACUACAUCGCGCUGUUUCGCUAUGUUGGAUAUCUGCUAGCCACUCCUCACGAAUACUUCUCGAGCGUGGCGCAGGCCAAGGCCACGAUGGAGAGCAUGCUGCUGCACGAGCUGCAAGUCACCGAGACGUCGCGGAUCGUGGGCCACAAUAUGAUCGAGUGCAUCAAGGACCGGGCUCCAUUACGCGUGUCGGUAGGCUUCAUAGAGGCUGGGAGUCGAAUCCUCAACGGCGAUGAGCUUUGUGAUUCCUUGGGCUUGGGGAAGCCUGGAUUUCUGGCAUACGGUUGCUGGAGAGGCCAUUGCUGGUUCGUUCAGAGUCUAGCUCUUGUGCAAAGAUGGGUUCCAGGGGCCGACGAGGCGGUGGUGCGAUACUUUAGAAACACGCUGUAUGAGACGCUUGUCAAUAGCAAGAGGGAACUCAGGGGAAGAUCGGAGAUGGACUUUAGGCACGUCCCGCAGAUGGGCAAGCGGAUUGGCAAAGAGGGCAGCGAACUGCCGAAAUUCACCGGCUCACUUGUAGAUCGACCGCUGGAGAUGUUUUACCUGGCGGUGUUUGGAUUGGGAUGCGUACUUUGGCUGGGAGUCGUAGGUGCGAUACUGCGGAUGCAUUUGUUGAUGCUGUCGUGA